AAACGAAGCGUCAUCAGUCAGUCGGACGCGGUCGAUAAGCGCGCUCGCACGCUUCGCAUUUUGAGGUUAGAAUUGGCGCGGUUUCGCUCGCCAGGUGCAUUCGCCCCCGCCUAACUCCGCCCCUCUCUACCUGACAGCUGUUUUCUCUCGGGAGAUUAUUAGUCAGAUGUUUCUGUGAACCAAACCAGUAUUCAAUAUCACCUGACGCAUUAUGUCCGCUGGCGGUCGUACACCAAAACAACGGAGAUUCGAGAUUUCCAGCAUGGCUUUGAGGACAAACACUCCGAGAAGGCGACGAGGCAGUUGUAAAUGCCUAUUCGGUGCUCCAGACAGGGAUGAGACAAGGCGGUUGAUGGCAGAGCAAUACGCAAGAGAACGGAAGAGGUUUAUAAGGAGAUUCAACUUUGACAUUGAAACCGAAUGCGCUUACAAGGAAGCUAAAUUAGACUCUCCUGUCAAAUUCUGGGAAGAGGACAAGAAUGAUAGGAGUCCUAGAACAGGGGCAGAGGCCUUAGCUUGUGUUGAGAAUACGGAUUUGCGAAUGCUUGGUUCACCUUCGCGACGCAGUGCUGGAAGUUCUCCGAGGACUCCGAAUAGGAGUCCCCGGACGCCGAGGACUCCCCGUGCGUCUCGGACACCUAGGACUCCAAGGACCCCUGCCUCGAGAAGGCAAUUGCAAAUGACAGAUUAUUGGACGUUAAGAAAACACGCGGACUCGGCUUCGAGCGACAAAGAAAAUUAAUUUAAAAAUAAAAAAUAACUAUUUUUUUUAAACUACAUAGCAUGUAUGGAGUGUCUUAUUCUAAAUUAUAAAAGAGAACGUUAUUAAAAAUAUUUAAUAAAUUAAUUAUUAUUAAUUAUAUACCUAGUUCUAGUUAUUUAGGCUAACUAUAAAGAGACGAUGGUGUCUUUUGGUGUCUGUCCAUUUUUACGCUUAUGUCCUGGACAGAUUUUAAUCGAGUUUUUUUUUAAGUUUAAGUUUAAGUCUACUUAAACUUUAAAUGUGGAAAGGAUCUCUUAUUUAAAACCUUUACCUCAACUUAGAUUUAAUUAACAAGAACUAUCGAUUGCACAUAAACUUAAUAAGUUAAUAAUGUGCUUUAAAUAGUAAUUAGAAAAAAAUAAUUUUAUAGUUUUUAUAAGAAUCUUCUACAAAUGCUAACAUUUUGAGACUGGAGGCUAACAAAACACUACUUAAUUUUAUAUGGAAAUUGGUGAAGAUUCCAGUUCUUUUGGGUACUGAAAAUCCAUGGCUCCCGCUGAAUGGAGAAUAUAUUACUACUAUAUACUAAUAUUACUACAUGGAGGGUUCGAUUCCCGGCUGAAGUUUUCCUAAGUGGUCCAGAUCUGGCUGGUGGGAGGCUUCGACUGUAGCUAGUUAGCCACCCUACCGGCAAAGACGUACCGCCAAGCGAUUUAGCGUUUCGGUACGAUGUCGUGUAGAAACCGAACGGGGUGUAGAGUUUCAUCCUAAACUAACAAGUUAGCCCGUUUCCAUCUUAGAUUGCAUCAUCACUUACCACCAGGUGAGAUUGUAGUCAAGGGCUAACUUGUAAAGAACCGCUAGUACAUGAUGCCAGUAAUAUUGCCUUUAAGGGACAAUUUUUUUGUAACUUUAGUUUUAUGUAAAAUAUCUGGAAUCCGUAUCCAUUAAAAAAAAAACAAUAGUUAAGUUUUUAUGUAGAAGUUCUAGUCUGUGAUCUCUGCAAUAUUGUUUUAGCUUCGCACGGAAGAGAUUCCUUUAAUUAUGUAAUGAUGCUUAUGUGUUAGAUUAAGUUUAGUUUUUUCCAAAAAUGUGUAAUUUUUCUCAACUAAAGCUUAAAGAGUGAGAUAUAAACAGAAACGAGUGUGCUUUUGUAGACUGAAAAACUUCUUUAGCUCUCAAUCUCCGUUCACUUUGCCCGAUUACACUUUUUGUAACGCAUCCACAAGCUUAUUAGCUUCGCAAACGGGUAAAGAAGUUUUACUUCAAAAAAAGAGAAAGACAUAAUUCAACCUAAACUCAAUUAUUUUGACGUAAUUAUGUUACAAUUAAGUUACUUUAUGCAUCGUUUUUGCGAUCAACUAUUUUUUUUUUUUAAAUUUUUCUUUGUGUUUUGAAUCGUACACAGAGAUAUCAUGUAUUUAGACUGUAUGAACUGAAAAACCCUAAAGACCCAAGUAAAAACAUUGUACCUAUAGUGUUUUUAGAUAGCAUGGGUAUGGGUCGUUUCACUCUUGAAAGUUUGCCGCGAUUCACGACAAUAGGACCUACGUAUUAUGAACAUCAUAAGGCAACUGUCAUCGUAUCUACCCAUGCUAUAUGAAAAUCACUUUAGUUCUUAAAUUUAGCAUUCUAAAAAUUAAAUUAUCAUUAGGUACUUACCCUGCCCACAAAUACGUGAAAUUAACAAGUUUUUUUUGUUAAAAUGUGAACAAUUCUGACUUAAAUUUUUACCAGGCUCAAAUGGAUCUUUAAAAGUCAUACUUUAAAAGUCUUAAAACUUAAGCUACUUACUCCAUUUUUUGAUAAGGUAGCUUAAGAAGUGUGUUAGUCGCGAUGUCCAUGACAUCAUGCCGAUCGCGACCAAUACACGGACAGUUUUAUCUAACGUCAAGCCGUGAGCGCUGCAGGCAUGUGCAUGGCAUGGCAUGCUUGAUCUUCAGCGGCUGACAUAAUGUAUCAAAGUUGUAUAGAGCUGUCAAAUCAUGAAGUUACUGUAUUUUUGGACGUUUGCAUAAAAAGAAAUACUUAAAAUUAAUGUACAUAAAAAUCAUGUUGUUAUGAUAUACUUUUUAAUAUUAAUAAAUUUUUUAUUAAUUAUAUAAAU